ACCAGAACUGAAGCUGAGUAUUAAAAUAAGCUUUCCGUCUGCUUCGGCCAAUCCAGCGACUACUAUUCGAGGAGAUGAGGGUUCUCAGUGUGUUGCUUCUCUGCCUCUUCUGCGCCAGUUAUGCUCUUCCAGCUCAGGAACUUGAUGAAUUCCUUCUUAAUGGAAGCUUUGAGAUUGCACCCAAACCUUCCAAGCUGAACAAGACGAGGAUCCUGGGUAAACAUUCCCUCCCCAACUGGACCAUCCAUGGCUUGGUUGAGUACAUUUCCGGCGGACCUCAGCCUGGUGGAAUGUACUUCCGGGUGGCUCACGGCGACCAUGCCGUGCGCCUUGGCAACGAGGCUUCCAUUUCGCAGAACAUAAGUGUUAAGCCAGGCUCCUUUUACUCUCUCACCUUUGGCGCGUCGAGGACCUGCGCGCAGGACGAGGUGCUAAGAGUCUCUGUGCCGCCUUACUCCGGCGAUCUCCCUCUUCAAACCCUCUAUAGCAGCGAUGGAGGAGACACGUAUGCUUGGGCAUUUAAAGCAGCCACUUCAAGUGCUCAGGUCAUUUUCCGCAAUAUUGGUGUGCAAGAGGAUCCUGCAUGUGGCCCUCUUAUAGAUGCAGUGGCUAUCAAGGAGCUUAUUCCUGUUACUCCUACUAGAGGUAACUUGGUUAAAAAUGGAGGUUAUGAAAUAGGACCUCAUGUCUUCAAAAACUCAUCAUCGGGUACUCUCCUCCCUCCGAAGCAAGAAGAUGCCAAUUCUCCUCUUCUUGGAUGGAUAAUUGAAUCCCUCAAGGCGGUAAAAUACAUCGACUCGCCGCAUUUCUCCGUGCCUUUUGGCCAAUAUGCUGUCGAGCUUCUUGCGGGAAGGGAGAGCGCAAUAGCUCAAAUUGUUCGAACCGUUCCUAACAAGUCAUACAACCUCACCUUUGUCGUUGGAGAUGCGAAGAAUGAUUGCCAUGGAUCGAUGCUCAUUGAAGCUUUCGCAGGCAAUAGCACAGUUAAGGUUCCCUAUAAUUCCACUGGAGCUGGUAAAUAUGUGGCUGCAAGUCUCAAGUUCAAGGCAUUGGGGAUAAGAACAAGGAUCACCUUCUUCAGCUCAUUUUACCAUACUAAGUUAAAUGAUCCUGGAACCUUGUGUGGGCCUGUUUUGGAUGAGGUUAGGUUGUAUCCGGUGUCUUAGUUUAGCUGUCUUUGAUGUUGAGGUUAAUUUUCCCUUUUGUUUCUUUUUCUAUGUUUGGUAGUAGCACUUAGUGCAUGUAAAGCACCUUCAAGCGAAGGUUGCGAACCAACUUAAACUUGUUAUGCUUUUAUAAUGUUUGCAUUACUCGAGUGAGAAUGUGAGAUUGACUUAAAAUGGAAAUUUAAUGGAGUUUGGAACUCUAAA